AUGCCUCCAGUAGAUCUUUCCAAGCUUCCCGAGACUGUCACUCCAACAAGAUUCAACAAGCGUGACUUAAUCCUCUACGCUAUUGGAAUUGGUGCUGAUGAGCUCAAGUUUGUCUACGAAUUGGACAAGGACUUCCAAGCAAUCCCAACAUACCCAUUGGUCUUGCCCUUCCGAGGAAUGAGCAAUGAUGUUAUUGACUUUGUCAAGGCUUCAAGUGAAGGAAACCGUGGCCAAAUUCCCGGAAUCAAGAUUGAACCUGGAAAGGGGUUGGACGGUGAACGAUACAUUGAAAUCAUUCGCCCAAUGCCUCUUGGGGGUGACUUCUUGAUCAAGACCAAGACUACAGGAGUAUACGAUGUCGGUAAAGCCGCAAUUAUCGAAACCGAAAAUCUCAUAACCGACAAGAACGGUGUCGAAUACGUUAAGCUCGUCGGCCAAGGUUUCAUUCGUGAUGCUGGUGGAUUUGGAGGUCCAAGACCACCAAAACCCAGCUUGGACACCCAAAUACCAAACCGGCCAGCUGACAAGGUAGUCACGUACAAGACUUUGCAACAGCAAGCUGUUAUCUACCGUUUGUCUGGUGAUUACAAUCCUCUUCACAUCGACCCAGAGUUCUCUGGCAAAGUCGGAAUGAAAGUACCCAUUCUCCACGGUUUGGGUUCUUACGGACAUGCUGCUAGAGCUUUGUUGAAGGCCUACUGUGAUAACGAUGCUUUACGUUUCAAGAGCAUGAGGGGCCGAUUCACCAACAUGGUUCUACCAGGCCAAACUCUAUCCACUGAAAUGUGGUUGGUACGAACUGAAGGAAACAAGCAAUUGAUCGCCUUCCAGACUAGAAUUGUCGAAACUGGUGUUGUCGCCAUUGGUGGCGGUGUCGCUGUUUUGCUCACAGCUGGUUCCAAGCUUUAA